CCAAACCUCACCAGAUAUCAGACCUCGCUCGCCGGAAAAUGCCUUCCUGGCUUAUCACUUGUCUGGCGUUAGGCUGGCUCUGCCUGGUACCAUCGCCAAGUUUCGCAGAGCCUCCAAAUGCUCCAAAGUCACGCUACAACAUCACCUUUGCCCAGUUGGACACAUGCGACAGCUACUCCAUCGGGCAAAGUGGAUAUGCCUACCGCGAUUUCUUCAUGGUCCACUCCCUGGACAACAACAAGGCACGAAGUGGGGAGAGGCUCCACCUAAAGUUCUACGUGCUGACCUCCAUGGACGCUCACAUACUUCUUUCAGUGACAGAUCGGCUUCGUCCCACAGAUCGGGUAUACGAGAUAGUGAUAGGAGCUGGCGGAAAUACGUUUUCCGCUAUCCGUACAGCCAUGGGCUUGAGGCGCGUUGCCACCAACCAAGAUCGGAACUUGCUGUCGGUCUACGAGCCAACGCCCAUUGAAAUCGUACAGACUCAGAAUGCCGAGCUAUUUGUCUACAUACCCGGCUUCAAGAAGGAACCGCUUCUGCAGUUUGUGGACUCUUCCGCCCUCAACAUAAACUACAUUAGCUUCAGCUCAUUUGGCUCGAACACAGCUCGCUGGUUCUACGAUUGCGGCUUUGAUGGAUUUGAUAAUGAGUUGUCCCCCGAUAAGCCCGAGCCCUUGGUGGAGCAGAAGCUAUUGGACUACAUCAAUCUGCGUGGGGAGAAGGCCAGUCAGCCGGGAAAUCUGAGCUCCUUGAAGUUCCACUUCCGACCGCUAUCGGUCGCAUACGAGCCAGAGAACUCCUGGCUACACUCAACUCUUAACUUUAUUUUGCACUGGCAGGAUGAUAGGUUGAGCUGGAAACCCUCGGAUUACGGCCAUUUGGAAUCGUUUGAGCAUAGAGACCUGAAAAUAUGGACUCCCCAGAUGUAUACCCUUAACGGCGCCGACUAUUCUUUACAAAAUUUGCUACAAUACCGAGGCGAGUUGCGGGUUUAUUCAAAUGGAAAUGUAACUAUGUAUCUAAACAAAAUGUGGCUGACCAACCGGUGCGUGGACACUGCCCGAAACUGGCCACGCGAACGAGUGACGUGCGACAUCCAACUGGGCGUCAUCGGCGAGGUGGGAAUGGAGAGCUUGCCGCUAAUCUACGAUGAUCAGCGCAGUCCAGUGGAGCCAAAUGAGCACGUGAACACGCCGUCGGGCUGGACCUUCAACGACAUCAGCGUCCAGCAGGUGGUGAACGGAUCGCAGAGCCGGUAUUCCCCGAAACACAUACUCCAGGCGAUGGCCGGCGACGUGGUCAUUGAGUUCACGAUGCAGAGAAAUAGCCAGUUCUACAUGAGUGUUUUCUUUGUUCCGCUGGCAGCCUGCCAGAUAUUUGUGAUCCUGUCUUUUGUGCUGAGAUCUACCCGCAGGAGUGCCCUCAUCCUCAUUUCCCUCCUGAUAACCGCCUGGGCCCUGAUGUACAUAACGCGCCACGCCCCUCCGUUCUAUGUGCCGGCCUUGAUGUCUGACUUCAAGGUUCUCAUGAUGGUCGCCACCUACUGCUAUAUCCUACACAUUGCCAUUAUGUGGCUGGAGCUCUACCCUCCCCAGGCAAAGGCCCCCAACUGUCUCCUAACCGUUAUGAACUCAAACGUCCUUCGGUUCGUCCUGGGACUGCGUUUGGCUGAUUCAAGCGUCUAUUGCGAUGUCCAGGAGAAGCCCUGGCCCCAUCUCGCCAAGAUCCUGAACAACCUGAGCUCGAUCGUGGUUAUCAUCACUUUUGCCAUCCAGGAUGCCACUAGUAUUUGAAAAAUGAGAUUUUUCUUUAUUUUGCACUUGACAGAGUAUUAAAGGUUUCUUAAAUAAAUAAGAAGUUUUCAGAGAACAA